AUGCCGGUCCGAAGGGGUCACGUGGCACCACAGAAUACUUUCCUCGAUACCAUCAUUAGGAAAUUUGAUAGUCAAUGUCGUAAGUUCAUCAUCGCCAAUGCCCGGGUGGAGAACUGUGCCAUCAUAUUCUGCAACGAUGGCUUCUGCGCCAUGUGCGGCUACUCGCGAGCUGAGAUCAUGCAGAAGCCGUGUACCUGUAACUUCCUGUACGGCCCUCAAACCAAGCGGUUGGCCAUUGCCCAGAUGGCCCAAGCACUGCUGGGCUCGGAAGAGAGGAAAGUGGAGAUCAACCUGUACAGGAAGGAUGGUGUGUGUUUCCUGUGUCUGGUGGAUGUGGUGCCGGUGAAGAAUGAGGAUGGCCUGGUGAUCAUGUUCAUCCUCAACGUUGAGGUCAUGUCAGACAACAAACAGCCCAACCAGAACCUCAACCACAAGCUUCCCCCCUGGCUCCCCACAGGUAACCACAAGCUGCCCCCCUGGCUCCCCACAGGUAACCACAAGCUGCCCCCCUGGCUCCCCACAGGUAACCACAAGCUGCCCCCCUGGCUCCCCACAGGUAACCACAAGCUGCCCCCCUGGCUCCCCACAGGUAACCACAAGCUUCCCCCUUGGCUCCCCACAGGUAACCACAAGCUGCCCCCCUGGCUCCCCACAGGUAACCACAAGCUGCCCCCCUGGCUCCCCACAGGUAACCACAAGCUUUCCCCUUGGCUCCCCACAGGUAACCACAAGCUGCCCCCCUGGCUCCUCACAGGUAACCACAAGCUGCCCCCCUGGCUCCUCACAGGUAACCACAAGCUGCCCCCCUGGCUCCCCACAGGUAACCACAAGCUGCCCCCCUGGCUCCCCACAGGUAACCACAAGCUUCCCCCUUGGCUCCCCACAGGUAACCACAAGCUGCCCCCCUGGCUCCUCACAGGUAAACACAAGCUUCCCCCUUGGCUCCCCACAGGUAACCACAAGCUGCCCCCCUGGCUCCUCACAGGCCGGCCGCGUGGCUUCAAGCUCCGCCUGCCCUCACGUUGCUCGCUCAGCAAUAGCAAGGCUUCUCUGGACAACCCGGAGACUGGGCACCUCCCAGCCCCCAGCCACCCCAGCCACAAAUCCCUGGCUUUGGGAGAGCUGCUCUCCCUGCCCCCCUUACCUCUGGAGCACCACAGAUCCAACAGUGGAAGCAGCAGCACCAGGCCGGACCUGCUGUGGCCCGAGGACCAGCGCACCCUGCUUGGCUCAGAGCCUGCACCUUCCUCGCUGCCCCUCGGCCAGUCGUCGCCUCGCAUCGCCCUCCGGAUGCUUAACCCAGAUGCCUCGGUGUCCAACUGCAGCCUGUCACACAGCCGCUCCCGCGAGAGCUUCCACAGCAUACGGCGGGCGUCGUCGGUGGAUGACAUCGAGGCCAUGCGGCCUCCGUCGGGUCGGAAGUACAACACGGUCGGGCCCAUCCACAACAGCACAGGACAGUGUGCUCUUUCAGGGGCAGUGAACAACAAGUCCAACAUCCUCAACUCCACGUCGGACUCGGACCUCAUGCGUUACCGCACCAUCAGUAAGAUCCCUCAGAUCACCCUGAACUUUGUGGACUUCAAGGCGGACCCCCUCAUCGCGCUGCCCGGGGGGGACAUGGACAUCAUAGCCCCUUGCAAGCUCAUCGACCGCACACACCACGUCACCGAGAAAGUCACUCAGGUGCUGUCCCUGGGUGCCGACGUCCUCCCAGAGUACAAGCUCCAGGCACCUCGUAUCCACAAGUGGACCGUCCUCCACUACAGCCCCUUCAAGGCGGUGUGGGACUGGCUCAUCCUGCUGCUGGUCAUCUACACAGCCAUCUUGACCCCUUACUCCGCCGCCUUCCUCCUCCACGAUCAGGAGGAGGCAGCCAUUUUAAACUGUGGCUACUCGUGCUCGCCGCUCAAUGUGGUCGACCUCAUCGUGGACAUCAUGUUCAUCGUGGACAUAGUCAUCAACUUCAGGACGACAUACGUCAACACUAACGACGAGGUGGUCAGCGCCCCGCUGAGGAUAGCGAUCCACUACUUCAAGGGCUGGUUCCUCAUCGACAUGGUGGCAGCCAUCCCCUUCGACCUGCUCAUCUACCGCAGCGGAGAGGAGACGACCACUCUGAUUGGCCUGCUGAAGACGGCCCGCCUCCUCCGGCUAGUGCGCGUGGCAAGGAAACUGGACCGCUACUCGGAGUAUGGCGCCGCCGUCCUCUUCCUGCUCAUGUGCACGUUCGCCCUCAUCGCCCACUGGCUGGCGUGCAUCUGGUACGCCAUCGGCAGCGUGGAACGCAACGGCAGCAUCGGCUGGCUCCACACACUGGGCGAGUCGUUGGGGAAGCACUACAACGACACGGUGCGGGGCUCGGGCCCCUCCAUAAAGGACAAGUACGUCACAGCCCUCUAUUUCACCUUCUCCAGUCUGACCAGCGUGGGCUUUGGCAACGUCUCCCCCAACACCAACUCUGAGAAGAUCUUCUCCAUCUGUGUCAUGCUCAUAGGAUCUCUGAUGUACGCCAGUAUCUUUGGUAACGUGUCGGCCAUCAUCCAGAGGUUGUACUCGGGUACGGCCAGGUAUCACACCCAGAUGCUACGGGUCCGAGAGUUCAUCCGUUUCCAUCAGAUCCCCAACCCACUGAGGCAGCGGCUGGAGGAGUACUUCCAACACGCCUGGUCCUACACUAACGGCAUUGAUAUGACCGCUGUGUUGAAGGGGUUCCCAGAGUGUCUCCAGGCUGACAUAUGCCUCCACCUUAACCGUACCCUCCUGGAGAACUGCAAGGCCUUCAAGGGCUCCACGAAGGGCUGUCUGCGGGCCCUGGCCAUGAAGUUCAAGACCACCCAUGCCCCGCCUGGCGACACCCUGGUGCACGCCGGCGACGUGCUCACCGCCAUCUACUUCAUCUCCCGGGGCUCCAUCGAGAUCCUCAGAGGCGACGUGGUGGUGGCCAUCUUGGGGAAGAAUGACAUCUUUGGCGAGCCUAUCAACCUGUACGGGCGGGCUGGAAAGUCCAAUGCGGACGUGAGAGCUCUGACCUACUGUGACCUCCAUAAGAUCCACAGAGAGGACGUCCUGGAGGUGUUAGACAUGUACCCUGAGUUCUCCGACCACUUCUGGAUGAACCUGGAGAUCACCUUUGACCUCCGGGAUGCCAAUAUGAUUCCUGGCUCUCCAGAAAGUGACAACUCAGACUAUGUAGGAUUCAACAAACUGCGCAGACGCAAAUUAUCCUUCCGGCGCCGGACAGAGAAGGACGACGCCGAUGCAGGAGAGAAUAAAACGGAGAGAUCCCACAAGCCAGUUCGGCGUAGACGGAAGGAGGCGGCCAGUAAGCAGGGGGUGGGGCUUAAGCCAGACUGGGAGGGACCUCGGAGUUCAGUGUCCACCCACUCCAGUAGUGGCGAGGGGGAGGAGUCUGUGGUCACAUGCCCCGCCCCUCAGUCAGCUCUGCAUGAGAUGUCCCCGGCUCAGGCCACCUCUCUGAUCUUUAGGGACAAUCCCGAGGGGGAGGGGGAAGGGGACCACAAGGGGGGCAACACCUGCAAUGCACUCUCAGGAGCAUUUUCAGGGGUCUCAAACAUCUUCAGUUUCUGGGGGGAGAGUCGGGGCAGUCGUGAGUACCAGGAGUUGCCACGCUGCAGCCUGCCUUCCUCUCCCCCCCUCAACAGUGUCAGCCGCAGGCAGCGCACCGAGCUGGACAACAGACUGGACCUGCUGCAGCAACAACUCAACAGGCUGGAAACGAGGAUGUCGGCAGACAUCGGGGCGAUCAUGCAGCUACUACAACGUCAGAUGGCCCUUGUGCCCCCAGCCUACAGCACCGUGUUGUCUCCCCCUCAGGCCUCACCCUACCCUGGUCCCAGACCUGGCCCUGGUCCUGGAUACAGGCUUGUGCAGCCUGUCACCACCCUGGAGUCAGAGGCACUGGCUUCAUUCUCCCAGGUACUACACACAUACAGGACAUAG